GAGCAGCCCUCGCUGAAUACAUUGCAGGCAGCGCGCCGUGUAUUGGCUCAAGGAGACGCAGGGUGGGGAACAAGGGAAGGAAGAACCCGCUGCUGCUCACUCAGUUGCUGGCUGCACCUCGGAGCAGGAGCUUCACUGCCACCAGCAUCCGAGCUAAGGUGUUUGACUGGAAGUGUUCUAAAACCUGGAAUUAUGAAUGGCAGAGUCAGGGAAUGGAAGUUCAUACUCCUCUGCUGAGUUGACAAGUUUCAUUUCAAGAAAAUUUAGAACAGAACAAAUUGACUGGUGAAGCUGUGUGUUCCUAAUCUCAGCCUCCACUGGGAACAUGUCACUUGUGCAACUUCUUAACACGUUUCCAUUCAGCCUUAUCAAAUAUGAAUCACCCUGGAUUUAAUACAUUUUGUUGAUUCCAACUUUGAGUUUAAGCUGAUUUUUCUGAGGCAACAGAUUUACUGAUGAACUCUCAAAAGACAUCACAAGUGCCUGGAAUGAAUUACUUGGGCCAUUUUGUUAUCUGUGACGUAUCCAACAAACUUUAGAAACUGUGAGUGGCUGGAAUUAAUUCCCUGAAGCAUUUUGACAGUGAGAACUUUUCUCCUACAUGUUACUACUCCAUUUCUAAACAUUUCUUUAUAAAAAAUGGCAGAAAACAUUUAGAUUAUUUUGAAACCUGUUUUUUAGGAUCCAAAAAGAUACCCUCAUCUGAGGGAUUAUUUUGAUGGACUUUGCCAGGCCAGCUCUGAAUAGUAAAGGCUUUAGUAAUCGGCAAGAUGUCCACCAAGGUCCCAAUCUACCUGAAAAGAGGCAGUAGGAAGGGCAAGAAGGAAAAGCUCAGAGAUAUCCUUUCUUCUGAUAUGAUCAGCCCCCCCUUAGGAGACUUCAGACACACUAUUCACAUAGGGAGUGGAGGGGAGAAUGAUAUGUUUGGGGAUAUUUCUUUCUUGCAAGGGAAAUUCCACCUUCUACCAAGGACUGAAGGUAGCCUAGAUUCUGACAGGGGCAGCCACUGUGGAGUGCCAUUUGAGUUCUCAAGGACUGCUACUAUCUCUGGUCAUGAGCAACCAUUUUCUGAAGCCCCCUCGCCACUCUUAAAGAAUGCUAUCUCACUGCCUGUCAUUGGGGGUCCACAGGCUCUAAUGUUGCCCACUACCCAGGCCCCACCAAAGCCACCAAGGCUGCACCUUGAUGAUAAAGUUCAACCAGCUCUGCAAGGCAAGGAAGCUGUGGCAGAACUGACUUCAUCCAAGGACAGCAGGACUUCUGAACCUCUCUCUCAUCUCUGCAGCCCCCAUGAGCUGUUUGCCAUCCCUCAGAAUGGGUUUGUUGAAGAGAAAAAUAAGGAUGAGUCCUUUAUGUCCCAUGCUGGUUCCCUGCUCUCCCUCCAUGUGGAUCUGGGGCCUUCUAUCUUGGACGACGUCCUUCAGGUCAUGGAUAAACACCAAGCUGGGAAAGUGAUACAAGAUUCUGGCAGGCAAGAAAUCCUGACAUGAAAACUAAAGGGACUUCCGUGGGGAAAGACUUUAAAAUGUUGAGUUUUGUAGAUAAGAAUUUUUCCCCCCAAUAUGGAAUAUGGUUAACUGGACCAGUUUGAAUUAGUGAAUUUUAUCCUGUUUGGAAUCCCAAUUGUGCAUCUUAUAGUAAUAGGGUAUUAAGCUUUUAGGAGUGUGUUUGCUUACUUUUUACCAAUGCACACCAUAUCGACGGUUUUUUUUAUGUUGCUUUCUGCAGGCCUUUGAAUGUUGCUCAGUACUGAAAAAUGUAUGAAACUAUGAUAAGUUCAGUAUCAGCAAUAAAUUGCUGCUUAGCAAUAAGACCUCUAACUUUCCUGAUAUCAGACUGAGAGCCUAUUUUACACAGAACUUUGUUAAAGUAGAGCCCGUGAGAGAUGCCAUAUCACUAAGGUCUUUGUUAAAGGAAAAAAGAUGUAGACGGGAAUAUAACAACAUAUAUAAGGGGAUUUCUCAUUAGCACUGUAAUCAAGAUUCACUGUCCACAUUAGUCAUGUAACUCACCCAGAAAUGUAGUACAACUCAGUCAAGUUGAUUCAUGCUGUUCUGAAUCAAACUGUCUUCCUAUCUGUAUUUACUGUUUGAAAACCUGAACACUUGCUGUUUGCCAGAUAACUUGAAUUGUCAAAUGGACUGUAACCAUUUUUUAACCUCUUAAUUGAAUUUUUUAAAAUAAUCUGCCACUUUACCAGUAAAGCAACUAGGAAAAAAAUCCAUUUGGCUUUGAUGAUGAUCCUUCUUUAUAAAAAAAAGCUAGGAGUAAAAAUUAGCAGGCUGUAUAUUUUAGCAGAUGUAGGCAUAACUAGAGUCAAUGGUUGGAAGUUGAAGUCAUCAUACUUCAAGCUGGAAAUAAGAUUAAACUUUUCAACAGCAAGGAUAACUAACCACUGGAACAGAUUAACAAGGGAUGUGGUAAAUUCUCCAUCACUUAGAGUGUCUCUCAGUUUGUAGACUCCAAUUCAACCACAAAUUAUUGAGUUUGAUGCAGGAAUUUGUGGGGACAUUUUUUAGCCAGUGUAAUGCAUGAUGUUGAUGGUCUCUUCUGGCCUUAAAACUGAUAGAAAUCUAAAUUCUGCUGGCAUUAGAACUGCAGAAAUAACCAAGACAACAGAUGGUUCAAUUUGCUCAAGUGGGUCAUAUUUUCAAAGUUGCCUAAAAGAUUUGGACUCCCAAUUCCCAUUAAAAUUACCUAGGUGGUUUUUAAAUGUCAGCCUUUGCUCUUAUUUAUAAUCCGUUAGUACCUAGGUAGGAACUCCAGUCUAUCUCAGUACUUGUGUGUCACUCAUCAUCAAUGGACAAUAUACUUGUAACACUCCUGUGAUUCAUUGUCCCCAUUUUAUAGCUGGAAGAACUGAGGCAAAGGAUAGAUCAAUGGGCAGAUUUUUAAAGGCGUUUAAGUUCCUUGCCAAGGUCACACAGGGAAUCCAGGAAUUGAACCUAACACUCCAGAGUCUCAGUCUAGUAGCCAUUCUUCCACCCAGUCAAAUAUCAAGGCACCAUGGUGCUAGGUAUUAUACAGACGUUUUACUACAGAAGACCACUUCUGCCUCCACAAUUUUACUAUGUAAAUACUGGAUAGGACACCCAACUGAGUGGGUAGAGAGGAUAAGGGAAUAAUAAAAGAAACAGCAUAUAGCAGAGAAAUAGUAGUCUCCACUUGUCACUAACCUAACCAGUGUCAGACAAGAAUGAUUUGUAGGUGUCAUGGCAGAGGUAGGAUAUAAGGCGGGACUUAAAAGCCUGCUCAACUAAUCUCUGGGGGAUGCCUUGUUGGAACAAUAUGGAAUAAUUCAGACUUGCAUAGUUUUUUGUGCUAGGAAUGGAAAAAGCCUGCUGGAGUUGGACACCCAAAUCCAUCUGAAAUGUAAUAGGAAUUGGGUGCCUGACUCCCUUAAAAUCCUUCCAAAUGCCCAGACAUGGGGUAUGAGAAAGGGCACAGUAUAAGCACCUAUCAGUUCCCUUUGACUCCAGGGUUCUAGUCCCAUCUCUGGGAGGGGAAUGUAGUUUAAUGUUUAGGGCAAGGGACCUGGGAGUCAGGACUCUUUGAGUUCUAUUCCCAGCUCUGGGAGGAGGGUGUUGUCUUGUGCUUAGAAGCAGUAAGGACCCAGGACUCAGUGCUGUUCAUAGCUCUGCCACUGAUUUACUGUGUGAUCUUGGGCAAGUCACAACUCUCUCUUCCUCAGUUUCCUCAUCUAUAAAAUAGGAAUUUUAAAAAAAUGCCUUCCCUUCACCACACAGAUAUCAAGGUUUGAUGUAUGUAAGAACCCACUGGAUUAAAGGCAGUAAUUAAGUUCAAAGCA